UUCAAAAAAAAAAAUUGAAGUACAUAAAGAAGUGAGUGCCUUCUAUAUUUUUGAUACAUAAUUGUGAUAUAUUUUUAUACAAAAAAAUAUGUUGUGACGCGUGACAGUUUAAUGAAAAAACAUAUAAAUAACAACUGUCAGUAACAGGGAGAAUAAAUAAAAGAAGAUAAUAGGAAAAAUGUUGUUUAAAGGAAAUAGUUCUCGGUUGGAAUUUCUUAUAGAAAAAAUUCAAGCUCACAAAGAAUCACCAUCGCCACUUCCUGAAGAAAAAUGUGUUCUGAAAUCUAAAGAGGGAUUAUUGGCUACUGGAAGUUUCUCUUGGAGGAAUGAAGAUGACAGUCUCACUGGUCAAAGAGGUGGUGGAACUCCAUCUUCGUGCACAACUUCCACAUCGAUGAGUUUCUUAUCUGAACCAGAAGCUGAUGUUGACAUCAAAAUAACCACUGAUACAAAUAAUUCAUCUGGUCCUUAUCCAUGUCAAUUUUGUGAAAAAUCAUAUCCAAGUUUAAGCCAGUUAAAAAAACAUGAACAGAGUCACGGUGAUCAGAUGCCCUAUCGAUGCAGCUGGUGUGCACGACUGUUUAAACAUAAACGCAGCAGAGAUCGACAUGUAAAACUGCACACUGGAGACAGAAGAUAUCGAUGUAAUCAUUGUGAAGCUGCAUUUUCUCGAAGUGACCACUUGAAAAUUCAUAUGAAAACUCAUGAUAAUCAAAAACCCUAUCACUGCUCAGAAUGCUCUCGAGGUUACAAUACAGCAGCAGCUUUAACAUCUCAUAUGCAGUUUCAUAAACGUUCAACAUCUUCUAAUCAAUACUCUAAGGCAUCUGAUGAUCGAAAGAAUUUAUUUUGGUCGAGUAGAGGAUCAUCUCCAAGCAUGAGCUCCCCUAUACCACAAACCCAAUCAUCAUCAAUACCCCAAAGAUUGUCAUCUAAUUACUCUCCAGACACUCCAGCAAUCGAUUUGCCAACAAUCUCCUUAUUGAGGUCAUCCUUAACCCUAGCUUGCAUGUAUUGUGCUAAAGAUACCUUUAAAACUAUGGAACAACUACAACUUCAUGUUCAAGCAGUUCAUGAGUCGCUUUUAAAUGGAAAAAGCCCUUCUACAUCGCCUUUGAAUAUUUCUAAUGGCAAUAAACGCCGAAGAAAACGAGAAAAAGAUGAAGAUGAAUUGAAAAAAGUAAAAAAAAAAAAUUUCGAAGAACUUUUUUCUUGUAGCGAAUGCACAAUGAAGUUUCCUAAAUUAAUUUGCUUAAGAGAUCAUUUAAAAUCAGUUCAUCAACAAGAAAAUGCUGACUCCGUUAUAAAUUGCCCGCUUUGCGGGAUUCCUUGUUCAUCUCCAAAAAGUUAUGCUGAGCAUUAUGUUCUUGAACAUUGUGAAAAUCAUCAAAAAGUCGAAAAAAGUUCUAAAGAAGUAAAUGAAUGUAGUAAAAUGAAUAUUGGUAAUCUAAGUAAAUUAAUUGGCAGUAAUUCAAAACCUUUGGAUAAUUAUUCUCCGAGUACGUUGCUUUGUGGCCAAUGUGGUGCUGCUUUAAAGGACUUUGAAUCAUUCCGAGCACAUCUAGCACGUCAUCUGCAAACUAAUCAACAAAAAUCAAUGACUAUUUAUUGUCCCAAGUGUGAAUUGAGCUUCCAAUCACGUCAAGAUAUGUUGAAUCAUCUGAUGAAGCAUUUCUUAGGUCAAGUAAUGAAACAAUACUCUUGUGAAGCGUGUGAUGAAUUUUUUUUUGACCCUGAUUCACUCCAGAAACAUUUACUUGAGUCGCAUGCUCAUCACUUGUAUAGAUGCUCUCUUUGUAGAGAAACGUUUGACUCUAGAGUUGGUAUUCAAGUGCAUUUUACCGUGAAGCACACGCGAGAAUGUAGUGUCUAUCGAUGUAGUGGUUGUACAAGUUCAAAGAAUGGAGAAGAGCCUCGUGAAAAUACUUUGGCAGAUACUUUGAAUGUUUUCAAAACUCCUGCGGAAUUAAUGGAGCAUGUAGCAAGUAUUCAUGCACCUCAGUCUCAUAAUGAUGAAGUUGCAUCACCAGGAAACGCUGUAUCUAUUCCAGGUGUUAUUGGAGAAUUUUUUAGGUGCUGUUUCUGUGGUAUUUAUUGCUCUUCUGACAUAGAUUUACAACGUCACUUAGAGAGCCAUUCCACGUGCCUUUACAGAUGCCCAAUUUGCCGAGAAGGAUUUACUGUUGAAUUCUUGCUGGACAAGCAUAUUGCUCAUUCUCAUAAUAUCGUUGAAAAUGACAUCUUGGAUAAUCAAAUUUAUUCUGUAACUAAUUUGGCUGAAGAAUCAUCUCGAUUGAAAAAAAGAUAUUCUCCAGACACAACAAAUAUUUUAAGUCAAUUUGACAAUAUAAAUCGCUCGAUUUGCCGUCCGAGUAAUCUCUCAAGCCUGUAUUAUUGUGAAUUUUGCGAGGGAUUAAAUUUUUCGAGCGAACCUGAACUACGAGCUCAUAAGAAGCUUGCUCAUAAAUCUCCAAUUAAACUCCAAACUAAACCUACAUCUCUCCAAGUUUGCAGUUAUUGUGGAGAAACAUUGCGAUCAAGAGGAGAGUUAGAGGCACACACGCGUCUCCAUCAUGCCCCAAAUGAUUUAGGGAAGAGGUAUAAGUGCAAUAUAUGUGAUGAAAUAUUUUCAUCUGGUGCUAUAUUAGCAGAGCAUAAGCUUGAAAAGCAUUGUAAAAUUCAGCUAAGUGAUGUCUGUAUUGUUUGUCGCGGAAGUCUAGGAAGCGAAGCAGAUUUUUUGGAGCACGUUCAGAAACAUAGUUUGGAGGGCAUUGAUCCUCAACAAAGACUUGACGGUUUACUUCCUCACAUUCCUGCGCACUGCGUCGUCUGCAGACAAACCCUUAUCAGUGAAUUAGAAUGUCAACUUCAUGCCAAGUAUCACCUGAGAUCGUCAGUAGAUAUUUCAAAUUCUAAAAGACAUCAAAGCUGCUCUUUGUGUCUUGGAGUACUUGAAAGUGACGACGAUGCAAUCAGCUUACCUUCUAAAUAUAUUACGACAACUGAUCAACAGCUUAAAGUCUGCAAAAGGUGCUACAUAAGACAUUGGCAUGGCUUACCUAUCUUGGGUUCACUUUAUAACAUUGAUAACAAGUGGGACGACCAGAUUUCUAAAAGCAAAGAAGAUGAAAAGAAUAAUGGAUUUGUAAAAAGUAACGAAUAUGAGACCAAGUCCAUCAAGUUUGAAGGAAAUGAAGAAAUGCAUACCACUGGUACACUCCAUGAAAAGAUACCAGUGACUUUUGAAAAUUAUUCGCAUGAGAAAAAUAGUCUUGGCGCCCGUCCAUAUAACUGUCCUUCCUGCUCUCUCAAGUUUUCCUUUAGAGUCGAACUGGAGCAUCACCUUGCUAUUCACAACGAUGAAAAAGCAUCUUCUGCAACGAGUGUUUCACAAGAGAUAUUGGUGGGAAAUUCGCGAGCUCUAGAGGACAAUCAGUCUUUAGACAAUGUCAUUGUAAAAGAAGAGAUUAUUGUUAAUCCUGAAGAGGAGGAGAUGGAAGAGAAGAAGCAGCAGGAGAGCAGUGGAAAUAUGCAGUUGGAUCUUGAAGAAUCUCAAAAUCAACGUCACGAUGAGGAAUCUGUUUUAGUGAAUAAUAAUGUUGAUUAAAAUAUUUUACUUUGUUUUACUAAAACAUUUUUAUAUAUUAUAGGACUAGACUUAUUUUUAUGCUAUGUCAAAUUUUAUAACUAACAAUUGAUAAUUAUUUUCAUAACGCUAUAGAAAUUAUAGUUGCUUCCGUCUUAUUGCAUAUCAUAAAUGUUAAUGUUUAAAUAAAUUUUCCAUUUAAUAUAAAUAAAUGUAAAGUUUUUUUUUACUUUUUUGAUAAAUUGAAUCUUUUUUCGUUUCUCGUAGAACUUAUCGACUAAAAUAUUGGUGGUUGUCUGAACUUUGAUUUCCAACUCUCUUGUAUCCUUUGAGCAUGAUCCCAAUCCACCACAGUUUCAAGUAGGUUUCUGCAAAGGAUACUAAAGCCACAAAUACGACUCAGAUGGUGAAUUGAUCAAGCGAAAAAUUUCACCAAGGGUCAAGUGACACUACCAAUGUUAAUUCGAUGCCAAGAGCACGAUUAUAUCGGUAGUAAAUCAAAAUAAAGUAUUUCCUUCCGAAAUUUUUUCUCUUUUUUUACGUAAUAG